AUGCCGGCCCUCAUGGACCCGAGGGGCCCCACCGUCCUGGCACCAGGGCCCCAGCAGGCCGGCCUGGAGUUGGGAAUGCGCCGGCCCGGGCAGCACUCAGUUGUUGGAGUGCUGUUUCCGACUCUUCUAAAUGAGCAGGGCUUAUCCUACCCCGGCCAGUGGACCGAGCUGAAGCUGUGUGGCUGCCUCGAGCAGCCAUGGAGUGGUGCUGGCACCAGACUGCUGUCCUCGAGCUGUGGUGUGGACAUGCCCUUGCAAGUCACCGUUCAGGGCACCCCUGCACGUCUGGGCGUGUUGCAGGCGGCCGGGCCAGGGAUUCACACGGAGCUGCGUGGGACCCAGCCUCGCGAGCAGCAGCCCCUGCUGUGUGGUGGCCCCUCUGGUUCUCAGACUGCGGAGUGCCCGCUGAGGCCGCGGGAGAGGAAGCAGCCGGAGUGGCCUGAUUCUGCCACAGGCCUGCUCUACUCCAUCCUGUCGGGCCCUGAGCACACGCGGGCCCGCCAGGCUCCAAGUGCAGUUGACUACACGGGUCUGGUGCAGCCGGCGCCCUCCUGUCUGAGUCGUCGCUGGGGCAUUCAGGGCUCUCGACGUGAACCCAGAACCUUCCGUGUGGCCAGGUUCUCGCAGAGCCUCGUGUUUGUUGCUGUGCCACCAUCUAGGCCCGUGGCCAGCCCGGAACCCAGAAACUUGAGGCACGCUGGGUUUAAGGCUGUGCUGCGGCCCACGUCGCGGGGACGCUGGGCACUUCAGCACAGAACUUUUUACGGAGACGGUCGGCGGUGUAGUUGUCCUGAGGUCCCCGGACGGAACCGCCAGCCCCGCUGGAAACCCGUUCUGCGGGAUCCGGGGUGCAGGUGCACGCUCAGGUUCCCGAGCACCAACAUCAAGAUCACCUUCACCGCCCUGGCCAGUGAGAGGACGGAGAAGCAGGAGGCGCCCGUGUCUCCGGUGCAGCCGGCGCAGCCGCACAUCUCGCCCCUGACCAUCCACAUCCCGGACACCAUGGCUCACCUCCUCAGCCCCCUGCCCUCCCCCACGGGGACCAUCAGCGCCGCCAACUCCUGCCCAUCCAGCCCCCGGGGAGCGGGGUCUUCGGGGUACAAAACGGGCCGCAUGAUACCAUCUGACCUCAGUUUAAUGGCUGACAGUGCGCAGCCAGAAAAUGAAAAGGAAGCUUCCGGUGGAGACAGCCCGAAGGAUGACUCAAAGCCGCCUUAUUCCUACGCACAGCUGAUAGUCCAGGCCAUCACCAUGGCCCCUGACAAGCAGCUGACGCUCAACGGGAUCUACACGCACAUCACGAGGAACUACCCGUACUACCGGACCGCGGACAAGGGCUGGCAGAAUUCAAUCCGCCACAAUCUCUCUCUGAACCGUUACUUCAUCAAAGUGCCGCGUUCGCAGGAGGAGCCGGGCAAAGGCUCGUUCUGGAGGAUAGACCCCGCCUCCGAGAGCAAGCUCCUCGAGCAGGCCUUCAGGAAACGGCGGCCGCGGGGCGUGCCUUGCUUCCGAACCCCUCUGGGACCGCUGUCUUCCAGGAGUGCCCCGGCCUCUCCCAAUCACGCUGGAGUGCUGUCUGCGCACUCCAGUGGCGCCCAGACCCCGGAGAGCCUGUCACGGGAAGGUUCGCCGGCCCCCCUGGAGCCUGAACCCGGCACCUCGCAGCCCCGACUCGCCGUCAUCCAGGAGGCCCGGUUCGCCCAGAGCGCACCAGGGUCUCCUCUGUCUAGUCAGCCCGUCUUAAUCACCGUCCAGCGGCAGCUACCGCAGGCCGUGAAGCCUGUCCCCUACACUGUCACGGCCCCAGUGACCACCUCCACCGCCCAGCCGCCCGUGGUGCAGACAGUCCACGUCGUCCACCAGGUCCCGGCGCUGUCGGUCACCAGCAUGGCCGGGCUGGCCCCAGCGAACACGUGCUCUGCCACCGGACAAGCCCUGGUCACCCAGACGGCUGUGCCGGCUCCUCCCCAGGCAGAGCCACAAGAGAACGGAGAGCACCGGGAGCUGAAAGUGAAAGUAGAACCUGUCCCCGCUGUGGGCCACGCCGCCCUGGGUGCUGGCGGCCGGCUCGCUCAGACGUCGCAGGCUCCCGUGCAGACGGUCACCCUAGUACGACAGGCACCUCUGGGCCAACACCAGCUGCCAAUAAAAGCCGUCACGCAGAACGGGGCUCAUGUGGCCCCCUUGCCCGCCGCGGCCCACGGCCCAGGGAGCAACGCAGCGAGUCCUUUGCACAUGUUGGCGACACAUGCGUCCGCAUCCGCCUCCCUGCCCACGAAGCGCCAGGACGGUGACCCGUCGGAGCAGCCGGAGCGGAAGCGGGUCAAGACGGAGGACAGCGAGAGCGUCGCCCUCGCCCUGAGUGUGGACCCGCCGCCGGCCGCUGGGAGGGAGAGGGGUACCCAGAACUAGCUGGGGCUCCGCUCCCGUCAGGGACCGACGUCGUGGUGCCGAAGGGGACUCUGCCUCUCGCUGACGCUCGAGUGCGUCCGCUGUGGGGAGCGAGCCCUGCAGUCGGACUCCCCUCAGCACUGAACGCAGAGCCGGGUGGCCUUAAAACUCCUGCCAAGGACGCAGUCGCACCUGAGCGGAACACACGAGACCUGGCUCAGGAGACAGCGCCUGCCCUGCUGGGCGCUUCCACGCGCGGCCCUCGGGCUCAGCUUUUAACUCCGAGUACAAACUCCGGGUCCUGCUCACCCUGGGUGAGGACGGCGCGGUCCACGCCUGUUGCAGGCAGAUCUGCCCUCACGGGACCCGGCACCGGGCGGCCAGGCAGGCUUUGCGGGGUGUUCUUUACACAGCAGUGGGGUCUGUGGCAUCCUCAUCACUCGGGAGGCCUCUACUGUGGAAUCUUGGCGCUCACGGCCCGGCACGUGGGUUUCGUUCGGGGAAAGAACGCCACUUCAUCUGUGCUUUCGGCCUCCGGAAUGACUGGCUGGCGUCCGGCCUGGCACCUGCAGCUCUCUGUGCUGGCCCCCUCCGUGUCCAGGAGGGACAGACGUGUGCGACUGCAUGUGACCGUGAGGAGGGGCGAGGGUGCGGGGCUGUGGCCUCCUCCCAGCUGCACCAGCCUCUCUUGUUCCUUGCUCUUUUUUGUUGUCUGUUUCUUUGUGUUGACGUUGUCCCUGGCGUAAUUCUCCACCCCAAGUAAAGCAAGUCUCCAAGCA